CAAAUCAACAAAGUUGGCUCGAUCCAUUUAGCUCACAUUUAAGCCACGCAAUUCAUAAGCAGGAAGACAAUGCUUCAGGCUUCAUUGUUCGUGAGUCUGAUCCUGAUUCAGAAGCUGCAUUCUUAAUUUCUCGAGGCGCUGCGAGCAACUGACGAGCGUGAUGAUGAUUAAGAUACCUGCCAACAAGGUCUUCAUCUUGGUGGUGAUGGUGGUGAUCGUCGUGAGCUGGAGGUUCGAAGACGUGGACGCAUCGUCCCGAGAGUUAUUCAGAAGCCCGGGAAUCACGAUCGUGACGGCGGAGGAAGAUGUCAAAUCCUUCGAGAUGUUUGAACUUCCGACGGAUUUCAAGCCAGGCGAUCUCAAGUCUGCACAUCGAGAGUUCAAGAGGCCUCUGAAGGGAGAACGGUCUACUCUGAGGAGACUGCUUGCUCCUGAAGACAGCAGGAAACCGCCGUCUAAUGGAGAGGUUUAGUCCGAUCAGUAAUCAAUAUAAAUAGAAAACAGCCACCUCAUGAUACAUACAUAUUGCACAUUCACAAUAGACUACGAUCAGACUACAGCAAAUAUGUGCUUUCAUAUCCUACAAACAAAAUUAAUAGAAUUGUGAACGUUACAAAAGUUUUUGUGACAUAAACACUCCGCUGAUUUUAUUACCAAUGUAAUUGCAUCAACUUGAAUAUAAUGUUCAUCGAUCC